UCUUUCCAAAAAUCGCAAGUCAAGUCUCAAAUUCUGUUUUGGUGUAUUGUGAUUUGCACAUUAUAAUAACAAAAUGAAUAUAACUUCUGCCGGAGGGAUUCUCUCUCUAUUGGAUGAAAAUCAAGCUGAAGUUCAUGAUUUUGCGUUGAAAAAAUUAAACAGCAUUGUUGAUGUCUUUUGGCCUGAAAUUUCAGAGGCUAUACAGAAAAUAGAAGUCUUGUAUGAAAAUGAAGUUUUUAUCAGUCGACAGCUUGCUGCUCUUGUUGCAUCUAAGGUGUACUAUCAUCUGGGAUCUUUUGAAGAUUCCCUAACGUAUGCCUUGGGAGCUGGAGAUUUGUUUGAUGUCAAUCAGUCAUCUGAAUAUGUAGAAACAAUAAUUUCAAAAUGCAUUGACCAUUACACAAAGCUGCGUGUUCAUAAUGCUGAAAGCUCAGAGCAGAAAAUGAUUGAUUCUCGUCUUGAAGCUAUUGUUAAUCGAAUGUUUCAGCGAUGUUUCCAAGAUGGACAAUACAGGCAAGCUGUUGGCAUUGCAUUGGAAACAAGAAGAAUGGAUAUUUUUGAGACUGCUAUAAUGCAAUCCGAUGAUGUGAUUGGAAUGCUGUCAUAUAGUUUUAAAGUCACAAUGUCUUUGAUCCAAAAUAGAAUGUACCGAAAUCAAGUAUUGAUGACAUUGGUAAAACUGUAUAAAAAUCUAGAAACCCCAGACUAUGUAAAUAUGUGUCAAUGUUUGAUCUUUAUUGAUGAUGCUCAAGCAGUUGCUGAUAUUUUAGAAAAAUUAUGUAAAGGAAAUGAGGAACUUUCUUUAAUGGCUUUCCAAAUUGCUUUUGAUUUGUAUGAAAGUGCAACACAGCAGUUCCUUGGACGUGUAUUACAAGCUUUGAAAGUCACAGCUCCAAUUCCCUCCAAUUUAAUUUCAAUACUACCAAAAACAGACGAAAAACCUGAAGAGGAGCGCAUGGAAACUGAUGAAGCCCCAAAAGAAUUACCUCCUCCGGCACAAGUUAAAAUUGAAGAUCUGAGUGAAGAGCAAAAGAAUCAUCAACACCAGAUUGAGAAGCUAGCUACAAUACUAGGAGGCGAAGUGUCCAUUGCCCUAAAUUUACAAUUUCUAAUCAGAAAUAAUCACACCGAUAUGCUAAUCUUGAAACAGACGAAAGAAGCUGUUCGAAACUCAGUGUGUCACACAGCUACUGUGAUUGCCAACUCAUUUAUGCACUGUGGUACGACUAGUGAUCAAUUUCUCAGGGAUAACCUUGAAUGGUUGGCAAGGGCAACAAACUGGGCAAAAUUCAGCGCUACAGCUAGUUUAGGAGUUAUCCAUAAGGGCCAUGAAAAUGAAGCUCUUCACUUAAUGUCUUCGUAUCUUCCAAAAGACUCUGGUUCAUCUGCUGGUUAUACGGAAGGUGGUGGUUUAUAUGCAUUAGGACUUAUUCAUGCCAAUCAUGGCGCUGCUAUAAUUGACUACCUUUUAAAUCAACUUAAAGAAGCUACAAAUGAAGUAGUAAGGCAUGGUGGCUGUCUUGGACUUGGUUUAGCAGCCAUGGGAACACAUAGGCAAGAUGUAUAUGAACAGCUGAAAUUCAACUUGUAUCAAGAUGAUGCUGUCACAGGAGAAGCUGCUGGUGUAGCUAUGGGUCUUGUAAUGUUGGGAUCUAAAUCAGCAAAUGCAAUAGAAGAUAUGGUUGCAUAUGCUCAAGAGACACAACAUGAAAAAAUAUUGAGGGGUUUAGCUUUAGGCAUUUCAUUAACAAUGUAUGGACGCUUAGAAGAAGCAGAUACUUUAAUUGAAAGUCUAUGUCGAGAUAAAGAUCCACUUUUGAGGCGGUCUGGAAUGCAUACAAUAGCAAUGGCUUAUUGUGGAACUGGAAACAAUAAAGCCAUUCGUAAACUUCUUCAUGUAGCUGUCAGUGAUGUAAAUGAUGAUGUUCGACGAGCUGCUGUUGAGGCCUUAGGUUUCAUAUUAUUCAGGACACCAGAACAAUGCCCUAGUGUUGUAUCAUUGUUGUCUGAAAGUUAUAAUCCACAUGUUCGUUAUGGAGCAGCCUUAGCCUUGGGGAUAUCUUGUGCUGGAACAGGAAACAAGGAAGCUAUCUCACUAUUAGAGCCUAUGACCAAUGACCCAGUAAAUUAUGUGCGUCAAGGAGCUUUGAUUUCAUCUGCUUUGAUUCUUAUUCAGCAGACAGAACAGACAUGCCCUAAGGUGAAAGAUUUUCGCCAGCUGUACAGUAAAGUAAUAAGUGAUAAACAUGAUGAUGUUAUGGCAAAAUUUGGUGCUAUUUUAGCUCAAGGAAUAAUUGAUGCAGGUGGAAGAAAUGUCACAAUUUCUCUACAGUCUAGAACAGGUCACACAAACAUGGCUGCAGUGGUCGGAAUGCUAGUUUUUGCACAAUUUUGGUACUGGUUUUCUCUGUCCCAUUUUCUGUCUUUGGCUUUUACACCUACUGCAAUUAUUGGUUUGAAUGCAGAUUUGAAGAUGCCGAAAAUGGAGUUUCGCUCCAAUGCCAAACCAUCUACCUAUGCCUAUCCACCAGCUUUAGAAGAAAAGAAAGAAAAGGAAAGAGAAAAAGUUACAACAGCUGUGUUGUCUAUAACAGCUAAAGCGAGAAAGAAGGAAGUUGAGAAAAAAGAAAGGGAAGAAAAAAUGGAAGUGGAUGAAGACAAAAAAGAAACAGAAAAAGAAGUUAUAAAAGAGGCAUCUAAAAGUAAAGAUUCAUCUAGUAGUAAAGAAAAAGAAGGCCAAAAAGACAAAAAAGACGAUGUCGAGAAAGACACAGAUGACAAAAAAGAGGAGAGGAAAGAACAAGAACCUCAUUUUGAAAUUUUAACAAAUCCAGCAAGGGUGAUGAGACAACAGCUUAAAGUGUUACAAAUUCCUGAUGCAUCAAGGUAUCAACCUUUGAAAGAGGUAUCUAUUGGAGGAAUAAUAAUGAUGAAAGAUAAUAAAAGUGAAGAUCCUGAAGAGCUUGUUGAGCCUGUUGCAGCGGGAGGACCUAAAAUAGAAGAUGAAGAUGAACCAGACCCACCAGAAGACUUCGAAUAUCUUGAUGAUUAAUGAACUCUAUUUAUUUCUUUCAAAACUGUUAUUCAUUUAUAUAAUAAAGAACUUUUUUUUACAAA